GUACUUAUAUGACCUAUUGUUUCAUUUGUAUCAGGAAGUAUAGAGGGACUGUUUUGGAAUGUGAACAUGAUGGAUGGUAUGGUUUUCGUCAUAUUUCUGACUUUUGUUUGUUUAUCAGUCACAAAGGACCCUAACAUGUGUGGUGCAGGAAUAUGUUGUGUCAAUUACAUACUACACAAUAACAGGUGUACAGAAUGUGAAGCAGGAACAAUUGGUAUAAACUGUAAUGAAACAUGCCCUGAUGGAUAUUAUGGAGCACGUUGUCAGAAUCAGUGUUCUACAGAUUGCAAAGGAACAUGCAACAAGAUCAACGGAAGUUGUCCAGUUCCGAUAUCCCGUAUUGAUAUAACAGUGACUACAAAUUACACACCACAAACAGACUCACAUAACAACAGUACGGAGAAGAGCAUCGAGAAGACAAUAGAGGAUUUUCUGAAGGAAAGCUUGUGGAUAAUUGCCGGAGUAUCCUCUGUUCUCGUUUUUCUUAUCUGUGGGUGUAUCGGAGCCUUCUUCUUCUGUAAAAUAUGCAAAUGCGUUGGAAAGAAGAGAAGAACACUUGGACGAAAUCCCAACCAGGACACACAGCCAUCGUAUAAUGUGCGGUAUGAGAGUGAUAGGGACAUGCAGGACUUAUCCACUAACAUUAUCCGACCUCCACAAAGCAAUGGGAAUGGAUCUGUUAAUGGAUCAGCCAGUAAACAUGUACCCGAGACACCUAAUGUUGAAUAUAAAAAGCCCAAAGCAAAGAAACGAUACAGUCUGGUCCGAAAAUUCACUGUAUCCCAGGAAGUGACAUCAUGUUCCAAUAUGUCUGAGGAAGACAAUGAUGUGUUCGACAGUGAUGAGUGUGAUGACUAUACAAAUACUUGUGGCGGCGUACAGAUCUCAGGACUUCCAUCAAAGCAGUCCUCCUUUAACACGUUUCUGUCUCCAUACGAAAACUCACAGUCAGGGAAUGACGACAGCACAGAGUAUGGGAAAUUAUGGAGAUGACAGCAAUAACACAUAUUCUUGUGUACGGAAAUAUACAUGAUAUUUCCUUUGAUUAUACUGUAAUCAUUUCAGCGGGAUUCAAAUUUUAGCUACUUUAGAGGUGAUAUCUUUCAGAAUAGCUGUGUUUAUCUUUUCUUAUACAGACAAAUCGCUGAAUCAUGAUUAUGCCAAUUAGUGCAACAGCUCUUACUGAUACCCUAAAAUAAGUAGAUGAACAGGAAAUGACAGUAAUUUUUCAUAAACAGCAACAAAAAAUAUGUUUGUCUUUCAGAAUAAGGCAGUGAAUUCCAUUGGUCGAGGGCUUAUCACGUGAAGGAGACAACUCGUGAUACCCCCUCACGUGCAGAGUGACAACUGUGUCCCUCCCUGUAGACGAUACAGUUUUGAUAGUGCAAGAGAGAGAUAGCACUCUAAUGAUAUGUAGGACCAUUCUAUUAGUGACGUCAUUGUCAACAUUAAUGAUCACAAAUAACCCUAUUGCGAAGAUAGAUAUGCUUUGUUUAACAUAUACAUCUAAUAAAUUAUAACAUUGAGAUUAAACCAAAACACUACAUGAAGUUGGGGUAACAUUAAUACAUGUAUCACCGCUCGAAAACCAGUGAAAAUUUAUUUAAUUUUUUUGCAGAAAAACUUGUUCCGAUUUUGUUGACGUUUUGAAUAAUAAAUCAAAUCAAUAAA